GAGUGUACAAUAAAUUAUUGUAAAUAGAGAGGAUCAGACCGGUUAUCGAUUCAAUGCGAAUGAAAGGAAAUGUGAACCUACAUAUAUAAGCUCUUACUCAGUUCACAUGUGUCAGUCUUGAGACACGUUUGGAAUACUGCUGUUAAAUUAUAAUACAACUGUUCUUUAACAAUAGAGUUUUCGAAAAUUUGUGAAGAAACAUUUUUGGCUUGGAAAAUGUCUACCACAGUCUUCGCUUUUGCAUUUGUAAUUGCAUGUGCUGCAGCGGAAAUACCAUCCUACAUUCAUAUAUGUGGACGCCAGAGCUCAAACAUCGAAAAAUGCAUUUUGGACAAUAUCAUUAAUUUGAAGAGUAAAAUAUGCAAAGGAAUACCAGAAUUAGACAUUCCAUCGAACGACCCAUUUAUUCUUGACAAAGUAGCCCUAGCGGAUACACAGGGCAUCAAAUUAUAUGUCAGAAAUGCGCAGAUAAGAGGUUUCUGCGACUUCAAGAUAAAUUCUUUUCAUGCAGAUAUUAAUAAUUUGCAAUAUGACAUUGUGAUUGUAUUCGACCAAAUCCGAGCGAACACCACUUAUGAUUUUAAUCUAAACGUACUAAUACCCAUUUCACAUAUGGGACAGCUUUACAUUACUGCAGACAACGUAGGGGCAAAAAUAAACUUACAGUUCAAACUAGUAACCAAAGAUGGCAAAAGAUUUACAUACUUGUCCAAGAUAAAGAUAAAUAUCGACAUAAAGAAAUACAAUGCUGAAUACGGCGUGGAGGGAGAACAGUUUGCUCAAUUGCGCGAAAUUAUUCAGAACUUUGUAGGCCAGAAUCAAGAAGAGAUUAUAAACAGUCUUAAACCAGCACUAGAAGAGAUUGUCUCCAGACGAAUCAUAUCGAUUACCAAUAACAUAGUUAAACAUUUUACUUAUGAGGAACUUUUCCCAAAUAGAACAUAAGUCACUUAAAAUUUUAAUAUUCAUUAUCAUAAGAUCCUUUCGUGCAUUCCAUAAAAAAAUUUAAAAAUUAAUAAAAAAAUAAGUUAUUACAGUGCUUUCAAAUUGAUGAUACAAACGUAAUUGCCCAUAGAUAGAAACAUCGUCCAUGUCAUUAAUGGCCAGCAUAGAUUUAUGAUUAUUUAUUAAAUAAUAUUAUAUUUAAUUAGUUUUAACAAUAGUUUAAUGAAGGAAAUUAUAAUCACCGCCGUUAAACUACUUUGAACGUAACGCUAAUGAGAAUGUUACGCUAAACUUUAUUAUUAUUUAUGAAUGACGUAGAAAGAACUACUGACAUAUUAUAUGACUCUUUCUUUAUAUUAAAGAAAUAAAAAGGUAAAUUGAAAAAGUUAAAAUUGAAUACUGAAUUACAAUAUAUCUGUGAUAACUUUAGUAAAGAAAACGUAUAGUGACACGUAUAAUUGACACAAUUAUGAUACUCGUAUAAUAUGUAAUAUACAAAAUAGGCGAAAACUCAUUACCUAUUGAAUGGCGAAUUAAUACUUUAUUGACAUUAUUAAUUAAGCUACAUAAUUACUUAUAAAAAUACAUUCCAAAUUGUUUUUCUUUCUUUUUUAGCAAACAUGUUGCAGAUUUCAAUUAACGUAUGUAAAUAAAGGAUUAAAAACAAGAUUACUUUAGCAACUUUAAUAAGCAAUGAAAUGAUUUGUGACUUUUAGACUACCCCAU